AUGCGUCGACGUGGUUUCAAAUGCCAAGUGUGCGGCGCCAUUUGCCCAAAUCAGAGAGAACAUCAGCGUCACCUCCAGAAGUUCAAUCACUGGCCUAGCGACUGUAGACGCUGCGCAAGAACCUUUCCUUCAGCCGAUGGUCUCCAUGAGCACGAAGUAUCCUUCCACAACUACUGCCGAGAGUGCAACCGGUCUUUCCCAACCCUCCAAUCCAUCAAGACGCACCUCAGAUCGGUCCGUCAUCGCGGGAAACAAGCUAGCUGCCCUUUCUGCGACCGACGCUAUACGUACGCCGCAGCAGUUGCUGGUCACCUGGAGUCAGGUCGUUGCCCUCGAGCGCCCGGAUUGAACCGAGAUCAGACCUACCGAUUUGUCCGGGACAAGGAUCCGUACGGAGUCAUCACCAAGAAACUCAUUGGGUGGAGAGGCACGGUCCACUAUGAAGUUGGCGACACAUGCUGGAACGGACGCGCGUACCAAUGCAAUCUCUGCCUGAAUGAAUUCAACAGUCUCCAUGCCCUUUCGCAGCAUGUCAAUUCCCCAAGGCGUAAGUAA